CAACCGCUUCCAUCGGCCAAGAUACCCACCAGCUCAUUAUCAUCAUGGCUUCCUCUCUCCCCUUUACCCCAACGCGCUCUCCCCCCAUCACGUCCUCCUCUUCCCCUAUCAGUCUUCACUUCCCCCUCCCUUCCAAUACGCCCUCCGAGCACGUCGCCGAUGUGCAAGGCCGCAUAGCGGUCCUGACCCUGUCCAACCCCUCAAAACUGAACGCCGUCGGUCUGCAAGACGUCUUCACUCUCAUCGAGACGCUCACAUGGCUCGGCGAGCAAGAUCGUGUCACUAUAGUCGUGGUAACGGGUGAAGGGCGCUUCUUCUCUUCCGGAGCAAUGCUGGACGAUAAAUCCCGCGACUCUGGCUUGCCCGCUGAGGCGCAUACCUCGGGAAAGCCAGAGGACGUCAAGCGUAUUAACGAGCAUUACAUUUCGCGGAUCACUCUAGGCAACGGCAGGCUCGCGAGGGUAUUGACCGAAUUCCCCAAGGUGCUCGUGGGGGCCAUGAAUGGGCCUGCCGUUGGGAUCAUGGCUGCCUUUGUGGGGCACUGUGACCUACUGUAUGCGUAUGAGAACUUCUGGUUGAACGUGCCUUUUAGCCAGCUUGGACUGGUGUGUGAGGGAUUGGCUAGCCAGACGUUUGUUGCCAAGAUGGGACUGGGCAGGGCACAAGAGUGCUUGCUGGAAGGCAAACGCAUGGACGCUCAAACACUAGCGGCUACAGGCUUUAUCACCCGCCUUCUCCCAACACCAGCAUCAGCCUCGACAGCGGACAAGGCUUCCACUCUACCGAUCCUGCAGGAGGUGCUCACCCACAUUGGGGAGCGACUGAUGCCCCCCAAUGCCGACGCCUACGCCCUCACAUACUCCAAGCGUCUGAUCCAGCGCGUGACGUACGAUCACCUGACGCGCGAGGAGGCCAACCAGGCUGAGCUGCGCGGUGCAGAGCAGGUGUUCACUUCGGGGGUCCCAUUGAGACAAUUUGCGCGGAUGGCGCAGAGCAAGAAAUCGAAGAUGUAGACGGCACGUAAAGGAGGAACGUAUGUAUACUCUCAGCGACGAGCGAUGGCAAUUGCAAAUAGCAUCGAUGGCAAUUCGCAUUCGAGCGCGUCGCGGCAUGGUAAUGAGGCGGA